GUCAGGAGCAACUGGGCCAGAAUCCCAGGCCUCGGCGAUCUUGGAAGGGCAGCGUGCGUCUGUGGAGUGCGCCUGCGCAGCUGUGGACGCCGCAGGUCAGCGUCUCAGUCUGGGGGCCCCCAGCGCCUCGGGGACAGGGACUAAAGGAGGGGAUCCACCCCGGGGCUCGGGCGAGGGGCGGGUGCGACCCGCGGGAAUAAGAGCAUCUGCUUGCCUGGAGUUGAUGAGGCUGAGUCGGCGCCGCUUGGGUCCUGUAAGCCUUGAGGUUUUUGAAGCAUGAAUCCUUCAUUCUUCCUGGCUGCCCUUUGCUUGGGAAUAGCCGCAGCAGCUCCAAAACUCGAUCAGAGCUUAGAUGCGCACUGGUCCCAGUGGAAGGCGGCGCACAGGAGAUUAUAUGGCAUGAAUGAAGAAGGAUGGAAGAGAGCAGUGUGGGAGAAGAAUAUGAAAAUGAUUGAACUGCAUAAUCGGGAAUAUAGCCAAGGGAAACAUGGCUUCACAAUGGCAAUGAAUGCCUUUGGUGACAUGACCAAUGAAGAAUUCAGGCAGGUGAUGAAUGGCUUUCGAAACCAGAAACACAGGAAAGGGAAAGUGUUCCAAGAACCUCUCUUUGCUGCGAUCCCCAAAUCUGUGGACUGGACUCUGAAAGGCUAUGUAACUCCUGUGAAGAAUCAGGGUCAGUGUGGUUCUUGUUGGGCUUUUAGUGCAACUGGUGCUCUUGAAGGACAGGUGUUCCGGAAGACUGGCAAACUCGUGUCACUGAGUGAGCAGAACCUGGUGGACUGCUCUCGGUCUCAAGGCAAUGAGGGCUGCAGUGGUGGCCUGAUGGAUUAUGCCUUCCAAUAUGUUAAGGACAACGGAGGCCUGGACUCAGAGGAAUCCUAUCCCUAUCUUGCAAGGGACACAGAUACCUGUAACUACAGGCCUGAGUGUUCUGCUGCCAAUGACACGGGCUUCGUGGACAUCCCUCAACGGGAGAAGGCCCUUAUGAAGGCAGUGGCAACUGUAGGACCCAUCUCUGUUGCUAUUGAUGCAGGCCAUCAGUCGUUCCAGUUCUAUAAAUCAGGCAUUUAUUUUGACCCAGAGUGCAGCAGCAAAGACCUCGAUCAUGGUGUUCUGGUGGUUGGCUAUGGCUAUGAAGGAACCGAUUCAAAUAACAAUAAAUUUUGGAUUGUCAAGAACAGUUGGGGGCCAGAAUGGGGCUGUAAUGGCUAUGUAAAAAUGGCCAAAGACCAGGACAACCACUGUGGAAUUGCCACAGCAGCGAGCUAUCCCAUUGUGUGAGCUGAUGGACCAGGAGAUGAGAGGACUUGGGGACAGCAAUCUGGAGGAAUUUUAUCUUAAAACUGACCAAACCCUUAUUGUGUAAGAUAAGACACUUGAAUCAUUGAGGAUCCGAGUUGUGAUUUGAAUUGUGACAUUUUUAUAAGGGUACAGCAUUACCACUACUUUAAUUACUGUUUUAAAUAGCUUUAUAAUGUUGACAACCCAUUACUUCUAAGACUUUGGAAUUUUCAUUUUUUUCAAAGGAUAUAUAAAACUUUACCUUUUAAAAUAAAGUUUAAUUCAAUAUGUA